AGAAGCCAGCACAGCUCAGCCCCUGCGCAGGUUCAUGCUGGUGACACACAGGCCUUGACAGGGACCUUUGCCUCCAACUACUCUCAGCCAGUACAAGAUCAGCCUCUGCUCGAGCUCACUCGAUGCUUGUCUCCAUUCCAUCUGGACUCUGUGGAACAUGUAUGUGUUUUUGUGUGGACAGUGCCUGUGUGGAUCUGCCAGAGCUGUCCCCGAAAACCUACACCUGCAUUUAAGUCAGCGCUUAGGAGACCUCUCGCAGAGGACCCAAGUACAGCCCCCAGCACGGGUAUGAAGCAGCUCCUGACCCCCUGCCAGGCGACUGAAGCGGAAUCCCAGGCCAGGGAACUGUUCGCACACACUGAGAACCGUGAGACAGACGAGACAGACGGACAUGAAGAGCAACACACAGAACCCCGAGAGAACCCCAAGGAGAACAUCGUGUAUGCCUCCAUCGCCCUCACGAGACCAGCCUCCCCGGGAACAGCCCCCUGCCCGCCUGUCCACGAGCAACCCCAGGAAGAGACUGUGUACUCCACCGUGAAGGCCAAAUGAGCUGGGUCACACACACAGGGUCACCUUUGCCUCGCUGGGAAGACUCCCAGGCUGCCCUGAGAGCCACGGCCGGGGACCGAAACUCACAGGGCGCACACUCUGGCCUCAGAGAAACUGAGAAACUCCCAGUUCCCUUUUCCAGCUUCCUAGGCCUUUCUCACAAAAUAAACAGAUCCACAGAAUUGGCCUACAUGACUCUUACCAGAGAACUGAUGUGACCUUAGCUUCCGGCCCACUAACAAGCCUCUGCUGUCACUCUUUUCUGUUGGCCCUCGGCAGGGGAUUCCCCACAGGCUGGCGGCCAGUCUACAUGCUGUGUUCCCACAUCUGUAAGAACAGACACACAGUGGGACUGCUUCCCAUGUGCCACCGCACGGGAUAUCAGCAAGACCCCAGAGUGAAGACACGGAACUCAGCAGCAUGUGCUUAGGUGUCCCCUCAAGCCACGUGGCUCCUAGGAAGUAGAGCAGCCAGGACUUGAGCCCGGCCUUGUUUCUCCGGAGUUCCCCCGGUCCCUGGCUUCCUACACUGUCCCGAGAAGUCUGUCACCAUGGGGACAGGAAAGAAAGCUCAGCAGUAACCCAGAGUCCCGCUUUAUUAACACAGGCUGCACAGGACUGGACCCACGGAGCAGGUCCACAACCCCUGCCCUGACCAGCUGCUCCAGAACUGAGAGCUCUGCCACAGACAGCAGCAGGAGGACCAACAGCUACUCCUCAAACAGCGCAGCCAUUGACUCCUCUGAGCUGUCCCUCUGUGGCAGCUCCCCUCCCUCAACCGGCUCGCCAAUGUCGUCCAGGAGUUGCUCCAGGUCAAGGUCGCUGAAACCAUCAUCUUCAGGGAAGAAACUUGCAGCUUCCUGUGUCAGCAGCACCUGGGAACCAAUUCCUUCCUUUCCAGGACAGGGUCAGAGAUGAGGAGGGAGUGGAGUGUGACAGAAACCCAGAAAUAAAGACUUGACUGUGCAGCCCCUGGCAGCAGAAGGGCUCAGCCUCCAAUAGGAAAGAGGAGCAACUGAGAGGUGGGACAGCAGCAGCCUGGAAGGCAGCAGAAGGCUGACCAGGACUCAAACCAGGAGGCAGAAUCUGCAGGGAGGCAGCAGCCUGCACUCAGAGGGAAAGCUGGAGAGACAGGCUCCAGGGAGGGAAAAGGGAGGCAUGGGGACUGUACAGGAGGGAAGGAGGGAAGGGACAAGAGGUCAGGGGAAGGAAGCAGAGGGACACAGGACAUGGCCAUGGCUCAGGGACCAGCAGAGCUUUGCCCUGUGUGGAGCAGGACAGCUGAGGACUGGCCUCAGGGCCAGGUGACUCUCACCCUGACUGGCUGCUGAGAGCUGUUUGCUGCCCUGGGCCCCUCAUGUUGUCUGAAGACAGAGAACAGCUGAGAGGCAGCAUGGAGGACCAGCAUGGCUGCCACACUGACACUGUUUCUUCUCCUACAGCAGCAGACUGAAGCCUGAACUCCAGGCAGCAGACCCUGUCUUCCCUCGGAACAGCUGAGGGGUUUGGUGGGAGGUUUAUUAGGAGAGGCCUGCCAGGGGCCAGAGAUGGUCCAGUCAGAGAAGCAUGGCUCAUGAGUAGGAGGACGGUAUUUAGGCCCUGAGCACCCACAUUAUAAGCCAGGGAUGGGGCAGGAACUUUUAAUCCAGCCCUGGACAAGCAAGAGAGAAGGAGACUCAUGGGACUGGAUUUUCAGCUACUCUAGAAUAACUGGUGAGUUCUAGGCAACAAGAGCCGAGGUCUUUAAAAAUAUGUGGCUUUCUAUGUUGAUUAGUCACAGUCAAAACAUUUUUCUGAAUUCAUUUUCAAUUUUGUAUUUUAAAAUUACAAAUAAAAUGCAAAUAUAGCACAUUGUUUUUAAA